UGAACACCACAAAUUGCACACCAGCCAUCGGCCGGAUAUGAUGUCUUCUCCCACUGCUGCGCCGUUCCAUGAGGCAGACCUGCCGUGCGUGAUCUGCAAGCGCAGGGAGAUCACAGAGGACAAUGACAUGAUCAAGUGCAAAGGGGACCGAUGCGCCAUCGUCGUCCAUCAAGCGUGUUAUGGCGUGCCUGCGGUUCCGCGCCAUGCGUGGUACUGCCGUCGCUGCGAACCCCAUUCCCUCUGCCGCGCUUCAAAGAAGAAAUGCUUUGCUUGUCCCCGCAAGGAUGGUGCCCUCACAGAAACAACCAGCAAAGCGUGGGUGCACGUUGCCUGUGCCAUGUUCUGCAACGGCAUGAACUUCCAGGAUGAGCGCAAGCGAUACGUCGUCGACGACUCCAAGAUCAAGCGCUCGGACCUCGGCCGCGCGGCCUGCUGCAUCUGCAACUCGCGCGGCCAGCACGACGUCGCACACGUCGGCCUCAGCGUGUCCUGUACCAUCCCGCACUGCAGCCGCAGCUUGCACGCUUCAUGCGCACACCACGAAGGGCUGACAGUGCUUGAGUACGACGUGCCGGCGGGGCUUCCCCCACAGGCAAUGGCGGUGACGUGUCCACAGCACAAGCCCAAGAUGGAGGCUCUCCUCAAGAAGAAGGCCAAGGGAAAGCAGCAGCAUGCACGUGCUCUCAAGCAUACGCGCAGCGGGAAGGCGUCGCCCAGCCAGCGAACCAGCCGCAGGAGCAGUAGCAGCAACAGUAGCAGCGCAAGCAGCAGUGCUCGUGGCAGCGAAUCGGGUACAGGUGGUGGCGGUGGGGCUGGUGUUGAUGGCGCAAGUUGUGGGAGAACUCGAUCCGGGAGGCGACGCGUGUCAUCGACAGCGGUUGCUGGAGAUGAGAACGGGGACGAGGAUCAGGAGGACAGCAAGAUGGACACGCGAGGUGAGAAGGGCGAUGGCAACGAUACCGGUGACAACAACACAACCGGUGAUGGUGAUGGUGAUGGUGAUGGUGAUGGUGGUGAUGGUGAUGGUGAUGGUGAUGGUGAUGGGAACGAGUCAGACAGGUUGCGGGGCUCUGGGCGGGCAAGAAAGCGGAAACAGAGCGGCGCUGCGAAACAAAAGCGUGCGCGACGAAAGGCAAGAGACCGCGAGGACGAUAAUGACGACGACGACGACGACGAUGAUGGCGAUGGUGGUGAUGAUGACGCUGGCGGUGGUCGGCAGCGUGCCAGAAGACGGGCGAAGCGCGGGCCGUCAAGCAGCAAGCGCCAGGAGAGCGGCGCAUCCACAGCUGGGGCAAGCACAUCAAGUGCGAGCACAUCAAAAGCACCAUCGUCAUCGUCAUCGUCAGGGGCAAGGGGCAGACGCAAAGGAGGAAAGCGAGGGCGGCCAAAAACUAAACAACUGCCGAAGCCCACAGACCUGGACCAAGUUCCAGAGGUUGAGCACGGCCCACUGCAGGCUGCGCUCAUUGGCGGGCAGGACACGCUCGGAUCGAAGCUCGUCCAGCUGCAGACCAGGCAGAUGGUCGCCGACUUCAGAGAUUCCCUCGAGCACUUUUCGUUUGAAGAAAACUACUCGGCGCUUCUUCGCAUCGCCGCUCUCCAGGCGACGACGCGGGGAAAUGUGCAAGAGCUGCAGGAUCUCGUGGCAAAGAAGGCGCGGCUGGAGGAGCAAAUUGCCGCCGAGGAGAGCGACAUUCGCAAGUUGAGUGAUUCGAGCGCGCUGCUGUCGUGUGACGAUGCGCUCACAGCUGCCGCAAGCGACGACGUUGCACUGCCGUCAAAGACAGACGAGAUGAAGGGCCUCGCCCUCGCGGUGCUGAGUGCGCUCGCCCCUGCCGAUGCGCCGCCGCCAAGCGUGUGGACGAUCGAGGCCAUGACCAAAGCUGUCGACACAGCCGUCAAGCACAGUGGCGCGCACGCAUCUACAUCAACCGCAUCAACCACAUCACCAUCGCUAUCGUCAUCGUCUUUGUCAGCGCGGGAUGUGAUUGCAGACGCAAUUCGCACGUUCGCACUGCAGCCGGCCGAGGCCGAGGAGUAAGUAGCAUGUGCUUGCGUGUUGGCCACGGGACGUGUCACGAUUCGUUGUGAGCAGCAGUCGUGAUGCGGAGGAUGGCUGUGGCGUGUAGGUGCAGUGUUUGUUUGUUUGUCGCUUGCUGUUUGUUGGCGCAUAAUCGACGCGGUGGAUGUAUGUGCUCGUGUACACACAACGCAUUAGCCCUUGCCUCCGUAUUUUCGGUGGCAUGACAUGCUUCAUCUAUCACGUUUAUGUGUCAGUCACGAUUACACAACGCAUCAGUCA